AUGUCGCCUAUGGAACUGUCAUGCAAUACCGCGUCGCCAGCAGCGUUUUCAAUGUCGCUCCAGGGCUCCAGACGGAAGAUGUCCGAUCCUGUCGUAGAUCUGCACUCAAGCUUUACGGGCGGCAUGUUCGAGAACGCCUUGGAGAAGUCGUACGGUCAAUCACCCGAUGACGAGGAUGUGGACCUAGAGGGUGACGCUUUUGGUCCGCUGAUGGCGUUGGCAAUGACGGCGGUAGAGGACGCAACUGAACAGCGUGCCGAAGCAGAGGAGGUGAUGCUGACCGAGAGCCCCAAUCCUAUGAAGAGGUGUAUGGAAGAGGCUGAUGUUGUUUCGAAGCGAGUCUGCUAUAUGUGA